AUGAAGGGCGCCAUGGCCAUGGAGAUCAUCCCCAAGAGCCGCUACCCGGGCGACCCCCAGGGCCAGGCCUUUGCCUCAGGCGUGCAGAGCGGCUGGGUGGUGGCCUCCAUCAACGGCCAGAACGUGCUGAGCGAGGACUUCGGCAAGAUCAUGGACUUGCUGGACGAUGAGGUGGCGGACCCGCGAUUCUCCAAGUCCACCGCCCUGGCAUUGGAGAAGCAGGGCGGACGCAUGGCGGAACCUGCGGCGGCACCUCUGCAGGUGACCUUCGCUUCCAUCCCAGGCUAUGUUUACAAGGGCGCUGAGCUCAAGGAGGACGGCCAGGACGGCUUUGCCCGCUGA